GCCGAGCGGUCUAAGGCGCUGGAAUCAGGUCACAUAGUUGUUGUUCGCCUAAUCCAGUACGAAAGUCUUUCUUUUGACACCUGCAUCUCCCCGUCUGCGCGAUCCUGAGCGUUCAAUUGUGGUGUGGGGGAUAGCGAGUGCUUCAUCCCAACUACGACUCUGGUUCAGCUUCGUCUCCUACCAUUUUUUUUGAUUCGUAUGCACGCCAGGCCCCGAGAGCAGAAUGGGUGUCCACGGUCUCACAACGUAUCUGCACGAGCGUAGGACGGCUCUGGCCCAUACCAUCAGCUUUCCGAAACAGCAUGGCCACCAGCCUCCAAAGUCCACAACCAUAGUCAUCGAUGGUUGGUCGUUCAUUUUCGAGCUCGUCAGCUGGGCAGGGCUCCCCUACAUCUAUGGCGGGGAAUAUGAAGCGUUUUCACGACUAGUCGUAGAGGUCGUAGUGGCGUGGAAGAGCGUCGGUCUGGAUGUGUGCUUCGUGUUCGACGGGGCUUACCCCGCCCCCAAAUUCCCGACACUUGUCUCGCGUGCAACCCAGACAACCAUCCAAGUGGGUCUGCUAUUCUUCCGCACCUCUGCACAGGCCCGCUCGACCCCUCGCUUCCUCCGCGAAAACUCGCUCCUUCCUCCUCUCACAUACACGGUCUGUGUGCAGACACUGCUGGAUCUCAUCUCCUCGUCUGCAGCGCGGGACGAGCCACGUUGGCUGGAGGUCCACUUUGCAGACGAGGAGGGAGACCCGUACGCAGUUGCCCUCGCAGCACGCCUCGGUGCGUACGUGGUCGGCCGCGACUCAGAUUUCGUCGUCCUCAAUGCGGAGGGCUACCAAGGGUACAUCCCCCUCGAUGAGAUGGUAUGGAUUGCGGAGUCCACUUCUGCUGCGGCCUCAGACGCUGGGAGCGUCCUGAGCUCAACAGACGGGGACGACGACGUCGACCCCAGCGGCUUCAAAACCGUCCGCAAACCCAAAGCGCGCAAACGCGAGGCAGAGAGCUCACUUGUCGGGCGCGGCAUCAUCCCUCCCACAACAAGCGAUACCGCGCUCUCGCUCGUCUGCAACGUCUACUCCCCCGCCUCGCUCGCAACCAACCUCCAGAUCCCCGUCUCGCUCCUCCCCCUGCUCGGCGCACUCGUCGGAAACGAUUUCACCGGCAGCUCCGACGACGCCGUCCCUACCGCCUCGCUCGCGCGGCCCUCCACGCGCCCACGUCACAUGCAGUACAUGUUCUUCGAGCGGCAGCUCACGCACGCACAGCGCAUCGCGCGCGUCGCGAGCACGCUCCGCUCCCUCCUGGGGCCCGUAUCCGCCGCAGACUCGCCCGCGAUCCAAAAGCGCAAGCGCAAGCGCCAGAUUAGCAGCGUGAUGGAGCUGAUCGACGCCGCGGUGAACGCGCUGCUCCUGCGCGCGCCGGACACGACGGCGCCGGGCGAGCUCGAGGCGGUCGUCGAGCGCAUCGUCGAGGCGACGCUGCAGUACGCGAUCCCCCGCGCCGACGUGGUCUUCGCCGAUACGACUGCAGGCCCCCUGUGGCAACGUCCCGGCGUGUGUCCUCUGCAUGGCUCCGACGCGUGUCGUCUCGAGGGCUUCCUCUCGCCUCCCCGGAGGCCCGGCGCGUCCCCAGAUGACCGCAGUCCCGACGACGAGCAGCCCGAGCAGCACUAUGUGCGUCCCAAUCUCGAUCGCUCCCGCGUCGGCGAGCUGUACAUGACUGCAUACCGCCGCGGCGAACUAUCCCCUCGCGUGCUGGACGUGUUGAGUACAGGGGUAGCGUGGCCGCGUCUCGCGCUCGAGGACCCCGACAAGGAGAGUGUGUCCCGGAGCGUCGCGCGGACUAUCCGGCAGUGGGGCUACGCCAUCCUCGACGCAGGUAUCGGGCUGCCCGGGCCUCCGGAAGAGGAGACGGAAGCGGACGAAGACGCGGUGGACUCAGAAGAUGAGCUUGUGGAUGUGGUUGAGGAGAACUCGGACGAAGAGGAUCCGCUGUCGCCCCUCCGUGAUGCCCUAGAACGACUAGACCACCCUUCAGACAUCCUGGCCGUCAAGCCGCCCUCGUCGCUGACCCAGCAGGCACCCCCGCGCUCGAAGGUCAUCACAGAGUACGUCCGCCGAGGCACGCGCCUUGCGCCUGAAGAGGUGACCGUUCCCUUCUUCAACGACCUUCUCGCCGACUUCGCCAUCGCUGCGCCACUGAGCGAGCAUGAGCCGGGGGCAUCGCUGCCGAUCCAGCUCUGGCCGGAGGAGUUGCGGCACACAUUCUUCCUGCGCGCCCUGGGAGCAGAUACACCCGGCAUCCGCAUUCUACACGGCGGCCGGCUCACUGCCGUCCUCGCCGUGCGCUGGGUCGUGCAGCGGAUGCACGCGCGCGCUCUAGAGAACCCCUCGCAGAAGGAGAAACAAACCGAGCGGUGGACACGAGAAGAGGUGCGCGCGUUCCUCGCCGCAUUCGCGUGGCCAUUCACAGGGGAUGUGAACGGGAAAUUGAAGGCGACGCUUCCCCCAUCCGAAGAGGAGGAGACGAGUGAGUCCACAAGCGAACCCACACCCGUGCCGAUCGAGGAGCGAAACAUCCAGCUCGUCACUCAGGUGAGCCUCGCGGGUGAUGCCAUCGAGCAAUUCGCCCAGCUUCUCCUGCUCGGCGAGCUCGCGCCUAACCCAAUGCGCUACUUCUCCGGCCUUCGCUUUCACACCGCGUUGACGUCCCCGCCCUCGGCCCAAACUCGCGAGGUUGACAUUCUCAACACUACUCUCGAAGAUCUGGAUGAGGCACUAACGACGAAGCCGACAAAGGUAAAGAAAAAGCGCAAGGGCGGCGACGCGGCGGCACCGACGCCACAGAAAGGCCAGCGACGCGGCCCCACGCAGUCGGGAAAUAUGUACGACGUGCUGGCGGCGAUGGGUGCUUGAAUCGCUCGGGUUGUUAGUUGGUGGUAUUUAUCCCUUGUGUGGAUGUAGCGAUACCAAUCUAAUUGUAUGGUGAUGUGUUGGACUUGUUGCAGUGCUACUCUGUACUCCGUGUCGUUUGCUGUCCGCGCUUUCUGUACCGCGAUGUGUAUCUUCAAAAAGGAACCUUCACUUCUGGAUCUUGGUCACUGACAUACAGCUGGACUUCGAAACUAGCCAUGCGUUGCAAUUGACCAAACAUGUUGUGACUAAGUUACAUACGGCACUCCUGACGUCGGAUACGUCUGAAUAGUUGUGCACGGCCCAGAGUAUUGAUGCAUGCACCAUGUCGAGUCUCAGUUAUGUACUUCGUCACUUUACAUAACUCCCCCGAUGGCCAUUCACCUCAGUAUGUGGCCAUAUUUGUGUCCUAUGCUCUAUGCGGAGAAUGGUACGAUGUUCUGUCACGCCACAAAUUCCGGAAGGUGUUUCAGUGGAC